CGCUUCUUGCCAACGUCGAUGGCGCUCGCUCAGAAGCUGCUGGUGGACAUCCACACACACGUGUACCUGCCGCGCUACGCGGCGCUCCUCCGCGCGCGCUCUGCCGUUCCGCGUAUACUCUCUGCACCAGCUGGCGAGCGGUUGUUGAUUCUGGACCACGAGCCGAGCGGAGGCCGGCCCGUGGGCCCGCAGUAUUGGGAUAGAGAGGAGAAGAUUGGGUUCAUGGACAGGCACGGGAUCGACGUGUCCGUCGUGAGCUCUGCUAACCCGUGGCUGGACUUUCUCCAGCCAGACGACGCGCAGAGGCUUGCCACAGAGCUGAACGAUGACCUCGAGGCGUAUUGUGCCCAGUCUCCGUCAUUAAGUGGCGGGAUGAAGCGCUUAUAUGGAUUUGGGUUGCUCCCGCUUGUCCCCGGUGUCCCCAUUCCCGCCCUCCUCGAGUCUGUUGACCAGAUAUCCAAGCUACCACAUCUGAAGGGCGUCAUUCUGGGUACCCGCGGAAUCGGCGCCGGCCUAGACGACCCCUCGCUGUCCCCGCUCUGGGGCGCGCUUUCCUCCGCCAACCUCGUCGCGUUCCUGCACCCACACUACGGCGUCGGCGAUGCCUGGGGCCCACGUGACAACGGGCACGUGCUCCCGCUUGCGCUCGGCUUCCCGUUCGAGACGACCGCCGCGGCGACGCGUCUGAUCCUCUCCGGCGCACUUGACGCGCAUCCAACUUUGAAAAUACUCCUCGCACACGCGGGUGGCGCACUGCCACAACUGUCCUCCCGACUUGCGUCCUGCAUCGACCAUGACCCGGUUGUCGCGUCGAGGUUGGCCCACGACGCCCGCUGGUACCUCGGCAAGCUCCACUUUGACGCCGUCGCAUACGGCCCGGAGGAGCUCGGCUUUGUCAGCGACGUCGUUGCGCGGUCUGCCCAGUUUGGCGACAAGAAGACAGCCGGGUUUGGGUAUACGGUGGACCGCAAACUUGGCAGCAGAAACAUGCUCUUCGGGACAGACCACCCGUUCUUCCCGCCGCUGAGCAAUACCGAUAAGUGGCGAAGCGUUGUGGAGAAUCUACAGGCGAUCGACGCGGUGUCUGGCUGGGGCGAUGCGGAGAAGGACGGCGUACGCGGGGGGAACGCGUUGGCGCUGUUUGGGCUUGCAUAA